UGGAACUCCUCCACACAACCUGGAAUCACUCUCUCUCUCUUCAACAAAACCUUCUCUCUCUCUCUCUCUCUGCAAGUUCAACCAACCUCCAUGGCUCUUCUAGCUCGAAACUCACAUCGAAUGGCCCUAGUUGCAUCACAGAGAUCAGCAACGAUCCACACAACCCUUCCAUCACUGGCUCCGCCAUCGCCGUCGCCGUCGCCGUCGCAGCCCACGCCCUACUCCCGCCCUCCGCCUCCGUCGAUGACGUCGCCGGGGGGGAUGUCGAAGGCGGCCGAGUUCGUGAUCUCGAAAGUCGACGAUCUGAUGAAUUGGGCUCGCCGCGGCUCCAUCUGGCCCAUGACCUUCGGUCUCGCUUGCUGCGCCGUCGAAAUGAUGCAUACCGGUGCUGCUCGCUACGAUUUGGAUCGGUUUGGUGUCAUCUUCAGGCCGAGCCCUAGGCAGUCCGAUUGUAUGAUCGUCGCUGGCACUCUCACCAACAAGAUGGCCCCCGCUCUUCGCAAGGUGUAUGAUCAAAUGCCCGAGCCAAGAUGGGUCAUUUCUAUGGGAAGCUGUGCAAACGGUGGUGGGUACUACCAUUAUUCAUACUCUGUCGUUCGGGGUUGUGACAGAAUUGUCCCAGUUGACAUUUAUGUCCCGGGUUGCCCACCCACCGCUGAAGCCUUGCUUUAUGGAAUCCUCCAGCUGCAGAAAAAGAUCAAUAGGCGCAAGGAUUUCCUUCAUUGGUGGACUAAAUAAGUUUAUCACCUGCCUGCUUAAUAUAAAUGUGUCGGGAAAAAUAAAACCAACUGUACCAGAUUUUUCUCUUGGCGAAGUGGCAUAUAAAGGAGGAGACUUGUUUUAAUCUCUGUUAUUGGAGAUCACAACAAGCCAUGUGUUUGAUUUUAUUUCUGUUUUGUGAAGCAACUGUUUUUGUCAGCAUUCUUUCUAGGCACCACAUGUGUUCUAAACAUCUUUUGAAGCUAUUGAUUGCUUGAAUCUGAUUAUAUCUUUGUAUUUUUGUUUGUGUGUGGUAUCACCUGAAGCUGUAUGUGAAUGUUAGGUCAUUUUUAUGUAAGAGACUAUACAAAUUUAUUUGUUUGUGUUGCA